UAAAAUAUUUAUUCUUGUAAUUUAAAUUUAUGGAAUAAAUUUUUUAACGCUUAAAAAUAAAAUCAAAUGCACAUAAAUCAUUCUUUAUUGUCUAAAUAAAAUAUUUCCGGUUCAAACCAGCAAUAUCGUCCAUUUCCUCAACGCUAAAAGAGUCAUUUAUUAUGAAAAGAAUUCAAAAUGGACUUUUAUAAUUAGAUUGCAUUCUAACCUAGAAAUAUAAAUGAAUUGUGACACGUAUACACUUACCAUUGAUACAAAUGAUAAACAAAGAUAGCUAUUAUAACUCAUCGAUAAAUAGUUUACCCAAUGGACAAAAUUUUAAAUAUCCAACCCCAAACGAGGUCAAUAUAGAAUGGGAUAAGGUCCAUUCUAACGAUCGAGGCGCCAUACACAUACAAGCUUCAACCGAUAAUGCAGUUGUUUUAUCAUCUCCAAAACAUUCAAACCUGCCUGAAUUUGUUCCUCUAUCAUUUUGUUGUAUCACUAAACAAAAUCGCGUACGAAAGAUGUGCAUCAACAUGGUGAAAUCUCCAUGGUUUGAAAAGAUUAGCAUGUUGGUUAUAGUGUUAAAUUGUAUCACGUUGGGCAUGUAUCAACCUUGCAAUGAUGCGAUUUGCGAAUCGCGAAGAUGUAAAAUUUUGAUGUUAUUCGACCAUUUUAUAUUCGCUUUCUUUGCUGUCGAACUGGUCAUCAAAAUGAUAGCUAUGGGAAUAUACGGGAAGAAUACUUAUUUAGCAGAAAGUUGGAACAGAUUGGACCUUUUUAUUGUUAUGGCCGGUUUGAUAGAAUAUGCCUCUAAUACAGAUAGCAUCAACUUAUCAGCGAUCAGAACUAUUCGAGUACUUCGCCCUUUAAGAGCUAUAAAUCGCAUACCAAGCAUGAGAAUAUUGGUUAUGCUUUUGUUGGACACAUUACCUAUGCUAGGAAACGUGAUGCUAUUGUGUUUCUUCGUAUUCUUCAUAUUUGGAAUUAUAGGCGUACAAUUAUGGGCCGGGAUGUUACGGAACAGAUGUUUUUUAAAAUUACCUCCAAACAUAUCUCUACCUAUUGGAAGCAUUUUUCCUAAGUUCUACCAAACCGAUGUACAAAACUUUGGAGAUUUCAUUUGCACUCUUUCUGGCGGUCAUGGUAUGAAACAUUGUUAUGAAAUCCCUAAAUAUAGAUAUGAUGAUAAAGAAUGUUCGGCUACUGCCACCCUUUUCCCCGACCAUAUAUCCUCUAAUUCAAGCUGUAUUAAUUGGAAUCAAUAUUAUAGUAAAUGCAAACCAAGUAACCAGAAUCCUUAUCAUGGAGCUCUCUCAUUCGAUAAUAUAGGGCUAGCCUGGAUCGCCAUAUUUUUGGUAAUAAGCUUAGAAGGUUGGACCGAUAUCAUGUAUUACAUUCAAGACGCUCAUUCGUUUUGGGAUUGGUUGUAUUUCGUAUUACUAAUUGUGCUGGGAUCUUUUUUCAUGAUAAAUCUGUGUUUGGUAGUCAUAGCCACUCAAUUUUCCGAAACCAAGCGCAGAGAGAUGGAGAAAAUGAAGAUAGAACGAAAACAAAACAGAUCACUGAGUACGCUCACCAUGGCUAGCAAUUCCGAACCUAAGAGUUGUUACGCUGAAAUUUUAAAAUAUUUGGCACAUUUGUAUCGCAAGUCGAAACGUAAAUUCAUUCGGGUCUUCAAAAAUUUUAGAAAUCGACGGUACGCCAGGAUGCUGCAAAGACAGCACAUAACUGAAGUUCAGAAACAAUAUUUAAUAAGUAGGAUUAAUGCGAGUGAUGAUAACGAAGACAAAAAAAUUAAUGAUAAUACAAAUGAUAAAUAUCAUUUACAAGUUUAUAAGUUGAACGCGCCUGUUGCCAGUCCUGAGCCUUCUGACAUUGAAGGUAAAUAUUCGCCUCGCGUAUCACAAGCUCUUGGCCCAUCUUCAUAUUUAAAUACUCCAAAAUCAAACGUUACAGUAAAAUUUAUCGAUAUAAACCAGGAUAUGAAUCAUAUAUUAGACGUUCCCAUAUUGCCUAAAAGAAAAAUCUUUAAUACAAACCUCGAAGUUAUUGAAAAUCAUGAUACGACUUCAUUAAAUACCAUGGAUCUCAAAAAUUGCAAUUUAGUCCAGACAUACCUAAAUAACACUACCAAAAUGCAAAGCACCAAAGAAAGCGAGACAUGUUGUCAUAAUUUUAAAAAUGGCUUUUUAUCGGUUCAAAAGACUAUCCGUUAUUUCGUUGACUCUAAAUUAUUUCAAAGGGGUAUAUUGUUCGCUAUAUUAAUCAAUACGCUUAGUAUGGGAAUCGAAUAUCACAAUCAGCCUAAAGAAUUAACCAAGAUACUGGAAUACAGCAACUUUGUUUUCACAGUUUUAUUUGCCAUCGAAAUGAUUCUAAAAUUAUCGGCAUAUGGAAUUUACGAUUAUAUCAAAAUUGGUUUUAACAUUUUUGAUGGCUUCAUAGUUAUUCUAAGUGUUAUUGAGUUAACGCAAUCCGGAGACAGCGGCCUCUCGGUUUUACGAACAUUUCGGUUACUGCGUAUUUUAAAAUUGAUUCGAUUUAUGCCGGCUUUGCAAAGACAAUUAUUGGUUAUGCUUAAGAUAAUGGACAAUGUUGCCACAUUUUUUAUGCUGCUCAUCCUUUUCAUAUUUAUCUUCAGUAUUUUAGGAAUGAAUUUGUUUGGUUGCAAAUUUUGUAAAUAUGUUGAAGAUGGUAAAAAAAUAUGCGAUAGAAAAAACUUCGAUUCAUUGCUUUGGUCUCUAGUUACUGUUUUUCAGAUUCUGACGCAGGAAGAUUGGAACGUUGUAUUAUUUAAUGGUAUGAAUGAAACUUCACAAUGGGCUGCUCUCUACUUUAUAGCACUGAUGACUUUUGGAAAUUAUGUUUUGUUUAAUUUAUUAGUAGCUAUAUUGGUCGAAGGAUUUCAAGGAGAUGAAAGAAGCUUAUCGGGAGAUAGCAAUAAAUCUUCAGCCUACAAACCUGUAACCCCAAAUGGGAUCAAAUAUUUAGAUGUAAUGCGGGAUUAUAAUCGUCCCUUAUCGCUUCCAAAGUUUCAGUUAAACGACCCGAACACAAAAUACGUUUUUAUUGAGGUCCAAAAUCCUGGUAUACUUGCUCCAUUAAUCACUCACACCGCUGCUACCCCUCAAACGUCCCCGAAAAUUGAAAAUAUCAGGCUUCAAUUUAAACGUCAGAACAUGGUCUCAUCUCAAACUCUUAAUAAGUCCAUUUCUUACGAUUCCAUAUAUUCGGGAUCAAAUCGAUUUAAACCUUAUAUUAGAACAGAGACAAAAAUACCAUUAGUCAAGAUUCAAUCAUUGAUACCUGGGAAAGAUUUAGGAUCCCAGAACUUUAGCCAUCAAUCGUCGAACUCAAUAUUACCUAACUCAUACAGUAAUUUUUCAAGUAUUGGAGAUGAUGAUAUCCAUAGUUCUAAAGAUUACCCAUUAUUCGCAUCCAAUCGUAAACAAGCCUUCUCCCCAAAUUUUGAUUCAUCGCUAGGACUAAAAAAAAGUCAUCAGCGUUAUAGUUAUCGAAGUUUAAAACAUUCAACCUCUCCUAACAUACUAAGAAGACAUUCAACUUGUCCUAAUAGGUAUUCAGUUCUAAGGGUUCAGGUUCAAGACGUUAAUAAAGGGGAUAAUAUUAUAGACCACGUUCCAAAAAGUAAUUUUUUGAUGGUUCCAACUACCCGGGCUAGAGGUAAAAAUAUAUCUAGGGAUCAUUUAGCACCACCAUCUAUGACUCUUCGUCGAUCAUCUCAAUCCCUUUCUAAACAAGACGAAAAUAAUUUAAAGUUCAAAUCUAUUAGCGAAUUCGUAAAUCCUCCUAACCAAGUAAACAAAUGUAACCUAGAUUUUAAAGAUCAAAGCAACAAGGAAAAAACAACCUUAUAUUUUGAACCUAUCGUAGCUUCAAAGCAAUACUUGGUAGAACCUUUUAAUCCUCUUCCAUCUAGUCUUAAUUUACCUCUAUACGAUGUCGAAAUGUACUUUAGAAAUAAACGCCGCAGUUAUCAACUCAAUCUUGAUGAAAAACCUGAUAAGAAACCGCGAGUCGGCGACAGAUUAUCUUUGCCUAUUAUUCAUUACAAAUCGAAAGAUGAAAGAAAAAUUAUACAUCAAUUUUGUCCCUCUUGGUUGCAUAAUUUCAAAAGGAAGAGAAAAGAUUACUCUUUGUACAUAUUUGGACCUAAAAAUCAGUUGAGACAAAUAUGUUCCCGUUAUGUAGAAAAUAAAUGGUUUGAUUACAUGGUCCUGUUAUUUAUAUCGCUUAAUUGCAUAACACUGGCUAUGGAAAGGCCCAAUAUUCCCCCAUACAGCAUGGAACGCAAAUUUCUCACCUCAUCUAAUUAUGUAUUUUCAAUCAUUUACGGAAUCGAGAUGAUUUUAAAGAUAAUAUCAGAUGGCUUGCUUGUAGGGAAACGGGCUUAUUUUCAAAUUGGAUGGAAUAUAAUGGACGGUUCAUUGGUUAUCAUAUCUCUCAUCGAUAUAAUUUUAACCUUUACUUCCAUAAAAAGUCCGAAAAUAUUUGGAAUGUUGAGAGUUUUAAGGCUUCUGAGAACACUUCGUCCUUUAAGGGUCAUUAAUCGUGCACCCGGACUGAAGUUGGUCGUACAGACACUUCUCUCUUCUUUGAGACCAAUUGGAAACAUAGUUUUAAUAUGCUGCACAUUUUUUAUCAUAUUCGGUAUCUUAGGAGUUCAGUUAUUCAAAGGAACAUUUUAUCAUUGUGAAGGAGAUGAUACAGACUCGGUGAAAAAUAAAUCGGACUGCUUGAGAGAUUCCAAAAAUAAAUGGAAAAAUGCUAAAUAUAACUUCGACAAUCUUGGACAAGCGCUUAUGUCAUUGUUUGUAUUGUCGUCAAAAGACGGCUGGGUAAAUAUAAUGUACAAUGGUUUAGAUGCUGUAGGACUUGAUCAACAGCCCAUAGUCAACUUCAGCGAAUGGAGACUGCUAUAUUUUAUAUCUUUUUUGCUUCUGGUUGGAUUUUUCGUGCUGAAUAUGUUUGUAGGAGUAGUGGUGGAAAAUUUUCACAAAUGCAGGGAAGAUCUAGAUAGAGAAGAACAAGCGACUAGAUUAGUCAAACGCAUGAAAAAACUAGAAGCUAGAAGAAAGAGUGAAACUCUAAUGACAACUCUUGGUAUUCGACAAGUUCCUGUACACUUUGAGUAUUCGAAGACAAGACGAUUCCUACAUAAUAUAGUAACUAGUAAAUAUUUUGAUUUGGCAAUUGCCGCCGUAAUAGGACUCAACGUUGUAUCGAUGGCUUUGGAAUUUUACAAUAUGCCUUUGGAAUUGAUUUAUGCUCUCAAGAUAUUCAAUUAUUUUUUUACGGCCGUUUUCAUCAUCGAAUCGACCAUGAAAUUGAUAGCUUUAGGUGUAAAGUCCUACAUGUCAGAUAGAUGGAAUCAAUUGGAUAUUAUUAUCGUGAUUUUAUCGAUAUUCGGUAUUAUUUUAGAAGAAAUGAAAUCAAACAUAUUUCCUAUCAAUCCAACUAUUAUAAGAGUCAUGAGAGUUUUACGAAUAGCCAGAGUUCUGAAACUUUUAAAAAUGGCGAAAGGCAUAAGAGCACUUUUGGACACCGUUGUUCAAGCUUUACCUCAAGUCGGAAAUUUAGGCUUAUUAUUUUUCUUGUUAUUUUUUAUAUUCGCCGCUUUGGGAGUGGAGCUAUUUGGAAAACUAGAAUGUUCUAUUGAACACCCUUGUGACGGUCUCAGUGAACAUGCUCACUUUAAAGACUUUGGUAUGGCAUUUUUAACUCUUUUUCGAAUAGCCACUGGUGAUAAUUGGAAUGGAAUUAUGAAAGAUACUUUGAGGGAAGAUUGCGAUUCCUCCAGUGAUUGCUUGAAGAAUUGUUGUGCGAGUCAAAUUCUGUCUCCUAUCUUUUUUGUAAUUUUUGUGUUAAUGGCCCAAUUCGUAUUAGUCAAUGUCGUGGUAGCCGUAUUAAUGAAACAUUUGGAAGAGAGCAAUAAGCAAGUUCGUUAUGAAGAUGAUAUCGAUGAUGAACUACAAAAACAAAUUGAAAAAGAAGAAAAAAAUUUGGAAUCACGUGAUAUAAUCUCACCCCUCGGCUUUACACCUCAUUCGACAUCUUUAGAAAAUUUAGACCUGAUUGGUGAAACCAAUUUUAACGAUGAUACCAUUUCAGAAGGCUAUCCAAAUGUAACAAUGCACUUAAUGAACGAAGAGGAGAAUGCUACGAAUGCUCCUAUAUAUUAUCAGGUUAAAGAAAACAGAAAACCCUCAUCCGAAUUAAACGGUGGAAAAGGGAUCACCAAACUUUCGCCGACUUCCUCAAUUAGAUCUUCCUUCAAAAGAAUCAUAUCCUUUCGUAGUUGUAAAAAUUUUGAUAAAGAUAAUUCUAGCCCUUCAGACAAUAAAAACGGUCAGAGCGUGGAUAGAAAAGGUAGUUCUUUUCAUAUGACCAAUUGUAUAUACAAUGGCAUAUCUAAUAUAAAUCACCGUGGACGCAACGGUACUAAAUACCACGAACUUGAAGAAUAUCAAAAAUUAUGGCACUCUGAUCUCAAUUUACCAUCUUGGUAUAAACGGAAUAAGUCCAAGAGGUCCACCACCAACGAUUAUUACCAAAGACUUCACAAAAGCAAAGAGCGCUUCUUUAACAAAUAUCAAGAGUUAACUGAUACCCUUUUUCCCUUUGGAAGGUAUUCGCUUAAGCAUUAUCGGAUGUGUCUUAAAUCUAGACGGAAGAAGAAGUGGUCGAGCGAUAAAUAUCAAAGUUACGGUGAUGCUAUAGUUACAAGUGCAAUUGAUAAGCAAAUUUGCUCAGUUACCAAUUUAUCCGAUCCAUAAAACUUGUUUAUACUUUUUUUAAAAAUAUUUAUUAAAAGCUUUUUAAAAUAUUUAAUGAAUAAAAUUAUAUCAUAUAUUUAAAUAGUGUGUUCAUAUUCGAAUCUUAUAAAAGUGGUAAAUAUUAUCUUAUUUUCAUAUAUUUUUAUAAAUAUUCGGAAUAACAUGAAUGGUUGACCAAGUUGAUUUAUAUCUUGUAAUAUAAUCUCUUUUUUUCUUUUUCCCUCUCAGAUGUUUUUUUAGUAUAAUUAAUGUAAAU